CAUAUUGUAUUCUUAUUAACUUAAUAAUUUACAGGACUUUUUUAUUCAUUAAGAAAUUCUACACAAAUACACAAGAUAUGAGAUACUAAAUCCUAUUUGAAUGGGGACAAAUCGAGUAAAUCAUAUUUGGGGAUGAUUGUUAUUACAAAAAAAACAAAAAAAAAAAGAAGGGGAAUGAUUAACAAUGAAUGCAAAACAUAAGGACGUAAAAAGAAGAAGGAGAAGAAAAUGGUUAAUUAGCUGUCCAAUUUUACGUAUAUUUGGACCGAGGCUGAUCAUUCAAGAUCAAUGUGUUAUAUAUAAAUAUGAUAACGCAUGUUUAUGCAUUAAAGAGAUCGAAUUGCUUAAAUACUAACUGGUUCUAGCUAGGUUUGAAUACCCCAUCAGCCGUUUGCUUUGUUUUUCUGAGUAUGUUCCUUUGGAUCACAAUUUCCGUUUUUAUUAUAAAUUGAUAAUAUCCAUCUUUUUUCACUAUAAAAAAGUGCCUAUUCCCUUAAUCAAUCCACUUGGUAUCCGAGUAUUCCUAGCUACAAUGGCUUCUCAAUCAAAUGAAUUGUUGUCUGCUUUGAUUUCUCUAUGUGUGAUAGCUUUCAUGAAAGUUUCCGUUGAUGGAGCUCCAAAAGUUCAAUGCUAUUUCAUUUUCGGUGAUUCUCUAGCUGAUAGUGGAAACAAUAACCCCCUUAGGACAUUUGCCAAAGCCAAUUACCCUCCUUAUGGAAUUGACUUCCCUAAUAAAACUCCAACAGGAAGGUUCUGCAAUGGUCUAACCACUGCGGAUAUAAUUGGUCCAUAUAACUCUGGCUCUUUGAUAUUUCCUGACCAAAUGGUACUAUUUCUCAUUUCAGGUCAACGUCUGGGUUUCACCAACUUGAUCCCUCCUUUUACCCUUGCUCAUGGCUCUACCAUACUUCAAGGUGUGAACUAUGCAUCUGCCUCGGCUGGAAUUCGGGAAGAAACUGGACGUCAUUUGGUACAUACAAUUUUUUUUGGAAUUGGUCAAAAUAUCUGCUUAGAUGGUCAGUUAAAUAACCACAGGGCUAUAGUGUCGCGCAUCACUGCCUUGUUAAAGACUAAAGCAGCAGCCAAAGCGCACCUAAGAAAGUGCAUUUAUUAUGUUGGAUUGGGCAGUAAUGAUUACAUUAACAACUAUUUCCUGCCUAAUUACCCAACAAGCAAAGAAUUCAACCCAGAUGAAUAUGCUGACGCUCUUAUUGAUCAGUAUGCCAAUCAACUAGUGGUCAAUAUUUUCUGCUCAAACAAAAAUUUCUUCAAUAUUUCUUUUCGUUUUGCUUGCUCUUAAUUCUUGGUUUCGGCUUAUUUGGUUGUGUUUGUGUUUAUAGUCAUUGUACCUCUCUGGGGCAAGGAAGGUUGCCGUGUUUGGAGUGGGACUAAUUGGGUGCACUCCAAGAGCGAUAUCUACGUCAAAAGGCGGUGGUUGCGCAAAUGCCAUAAACAAUGCAGCCCAGAUUUUCAAUAGGGAACUUAAAUCUUUGGUUGAUAGAUUGAAUAGAAAAUUCAGAAAUGCUAGGUUUAUUUUUGUGGAUAUUUUUGAAAUGUCGUCUGGAGAUCCUACAUCUUUUGGUAUAAAUAACCUCGGAACUUUAAAUUUUAGUUUUUCUUUUUUAAUUAUUUGUAUGGUUAUUAUUAUUAUUAUUAUUAGUAUUUUUAAUGGGGUUCUUGAAAUUGAUCAUCUUAAUUUUGCCGAUAUUCAUUUCAGGGUUCAAGGUUUUGAAUGUUGGAUGCUGCCCAGUCAAUAAACUUGGUUUAUGUGGUGAUCAUGUAAAUUCAUGUCCUAAUAGGAAAGAAUAUGUGUUUUGGGAUUCAUUCCAUCCUACCGAGGCUAUGAAUCAAAUUACUACAAACAGAUCGUUCACUGCUCUUAACCCUUCUGAUGCUUAUCCCUACGACAUCAGCCGCCUGGCUCAGCUUACACUCUAAUCACUUGGAGCUCUACAUCCUAUAUAUAGAAAGUAGACUAGAUUGCUUAUAUCCUAUACCACAGAAUGUUGAAUUAUAAUAUGACAAUGUGGUUUUUACAGUGUAAGAAUAUAAUUAGCAUGUGUUGUUGAUAAGAAAGUGGUAAUUCAAUAUAGAAUCAAAACAAAGAGAUUCAUAGAAGCUUAUUUAACAAGCCAAAGUAUACUUGUUCUCUAACUCCAUAAUGGAAAUGGGAGUAUUUUUGAAAUAGAAAGGAAGUAGAUGCCCAAGUAAAGGAAUAAUUGUAUAAUGGUGAAGGGAUAUGGAGUCCGUUAAGUCUCUCUGUCUAUAAUAACUCAGAUUAAAACCAAAAAUAAAUUUGAAUACGUAAAUUGAAACAACUAAAAAUAGAAGAGCUUUUUAAAAUUGGGAGACUAACAAGAUAUCCUAAGAAGUACGUUUAAAACGAUAAUUUAUUGUCAAAAUAAAUGUAUUGAGAAACUUCAAGUUCAAAAUAAUAAUAAUAAUAAUAAUAAACUAAUAUCAAUAUUUAAUUAAAUGACCUAAUAUUAAAAAUGCAGAGUUAUAACCCAUGAAGUUGCUAGCAUGUGUAAUGAGCUUUCCUAUUAAUGUCAACUUAACAAGUCACGCAUAUGCACCUAUCUAAUUCCACAUAUAUGGUAAAACUUCUAUAAAAUAAUACUUCUAUUGAGAAGAUCUGAUAAUAACACUGAACAACUAAAUUGGGAUACAUUGAGCAACUAUAUUGGGAUAAAUAUUAAAACGAAAGUACUAAAGUAUUUAUUCUUUUGUUAAUUUAAUCAAGUUUUAGCUGUUGGCCUGACACUCUAUCCCUCCAUUAUGUUCGACAAGGACUUUCUUUUUCCUUGCUUUCGAUUCUCCUUGGCUAUAUCAACUAUGGUUGUUGGACAUUCUAAUUCUUACAAUGUUCGACAAUGACAUUAACGUUUUUCCUUUUAGAACUGAUUAUAUAUAUAUGGAGGCUUGGCCCUACAAAAAAUAUGUGAAUUAUACAUAUAUAUAUAUAUAUAUAUAUAUACAAGUGGCUUUUAUGCUCAACAUCUGUAAGAUAUAUAUCCUAUUCCUUGAACAAGAGACAGUGCUUUUAUCAAUUACCAAAAUAGAAUAUAGGCAAAGUGGUGUUUUUCAUAUGAAAUGGACAGGAAAGCUAAUGACAUCACAAAACUACUAAAUCACAAGAUCGAAGAUGAUAAACUUGUUAGUUGGUGUCUCUUGCAAGAGUCUUAGUACAUUGCUUCAAGCAUUAAUGAUACAAACAAGAAAUCCCAUCUCCCUAUGCAUAUCAUGACAUACAUAGUAGUACAUUACAGUACUGUAAGUAGAGAAUUACUGACCAGGUCCUCCACUUACAGCAAACUGCAGCUUGAUU